AUGGCAACUCCUGCGUUUUUCCUGCUGCUCUGCGGUCUGCGCGUCUCUCUGGCGGUUGAUUGGGAGUUUGUGGACACAAAUUUUACCUACCUCGGUGAUGCAAUCGACUACAAGGAUCCAUGUAAAGCUGCUGCUUUUUUGGGAGAUAUUGCUCUGGAUGAAGACGACCUCCGCAUGUUUAAAGAGGCCCACAGCAUUGAUGAUGAACAGCACACUGUCCAGACCAACCAAACGGACUCCGUGAACAGGUCCACCUCCAGUGAGGGUGUCAGGAGUAAAAGAGCUGCAGACAAACUCCAUCGUCUAAAGAGAGCGGCCACCUCCAGACCUGAGCGAGUGUGGCCAGAUGGCAUCAUACCGUAUGCGAUCAGUGGGAAUUUUAGUGGCAGUCAACGAGCCAUUUUCCGUCAGGCGAUGCGUCACUGGGAGAAACACACUUGUGUAACAUUCACCGAGAGGACAACUGAAGAAAGCUACAUUGUUUUCACCUACCGGCCAUGUGGGUGUUGCUCCUACGUGGGGAGGAGAGGUGGCGGCCCUCAGGCCAUCUCCAUAGGGAAGAACUGCGACAAGUUUGGCAUUGUGGUACAUGAACUCGGCCAUGUGAUCGGCUUCUGGCAUGAACACACACGUCCGGACCGUGACGAGCAUGUAAGCAUCAUCAGAGACAACAUCCAGCCAGGACAGGAGUAUAACUUCCUGAAGAUGGAACCAGGCGAGGUCGACUCUCUCGGGGAAGUCUACGACUUUGGCAGCAUCAUGCAUUAUGCAAGGAAUACAUUUUCCAGAGGAAUCUUCUUAGACACAAUCUUGCCUCGUUACGAUGUCAAUGGAGCCAGGCCACCUAUUGGACAGAGGACCAGGCUUAGCAAAGGGGACAUUGCACAAGCCCGCAAACUCUACAAAUGUGCAAAGUGUGGGGACAGUCUGCAGGAGAGCGCUGGAAAUUUCUCUUCUCCUGGUUUCCCCAACGGGUACUCAGCGUACGCUCACUGUGUCUGGAGGAUUUCUGUCACCCCUGGAGAGAAGAUUGUGCUGAACUUUACUUCCAUGGACCUCUUCAGGAGUCACUUGUGUUGGUACGACCACGUGGAGGUCCGAGAUGGGUUCUGGAGAAAAGCUCCACUGAAAGGCCGUUUUUGUGGAGACACACUUCCAGAUCCAAUCAUCUCUACUGACAGUCAGCUGUGGAUUGAAUUCAGAAGCAGCAGCAGCUGGGUGGGCAAAGGCUUUUCAGCGGUUUAUGAAGCCAUCUGUGGGGGAGAAGUGAAGCGGGACAGCGGCCAGAUCCAGUCUCCCAAUUACCCAGAUGACUACCAGUCCAAUAAAGAGUGUGUGUGGAAGAUCACAGUAGCAGAGGGUUACGAUGUUGGCCUCUCGUUUCAGUCGUUUGAGAUUGAGAGACAUGACAGCUGUGCCUACGACUAUGUGGAGGUGAGGGAUGGCAGUUCGGAGAGCAGCCCGCUGCUCGGCCAUUUCUGUGGCUACGACAAGCCGGACGACAUCAAAAGCAGCUCCAACCAGCUCUGGCUGAAGUUUGUAUCUGACGGAUCAGUCAACAAAGCUGGGUUUGCAGCCAACUUUUUUAAAGAGAUGGACGAGUGCUCCAAACCUGACAAUGGCCACUGCGAGCAGCGCUGUCUGAACACGCUGGGCAGCUACAGGUGUGCCUGCGACCCUGGAUAUGAGCUGGCAGCUGACAGACGCAGCUGUGAGACAGCUGCCUGUGGUGGGUUCAUCACCAAGCUGAAUGGUUCACUCACCACCCCCGGCUGGCCCAAAGAAUACCCACCGAACAAGAACUGUGUGUGGCAGCUGGUGGCACCCAUUCAGUAUCGCAUCACUCUGGUGUUCGAUGUGUUUGAGACUGAAGGGAAUGAUGUGUGUAAAUAUGAUUAUGUGGAGGUACGCAGUGGGUUGAGUUCAGACUCAAAGCUUCAUGGGAAGUUCUGUGGAGCAGAGAAACCCGAGGUCAUCACCUCCCAACACAACAACAUGAGGAUUGAGUUCAAGUCGGACAACACCGUGUCCAAGAGGGGCUUCAAGGCUCACUUCUUCUCCGAUAUAGAUGAGUGCUCCAAAGACAAUGGAGGCUGCCAGCAUGAGUGUGUGAACACCUUCGGAAGCUACAGCUGUCAGUGUCGCAGCGGCUUCAUGCUGCAUGAUAAUAAGCACGACUGCAAGGAAGCCGGCUGUGAUUAUGUUGUAAACAGUGUGUCAGGGGUCAUCAGCAGCCCCAACUGGCCUGACAGAUAUCCCAGCAAGAAGGCCUGCACCUGGUCUCUGUCCACAACCCCGGGCCAUCGAAUCAAACUUGUGUUCAAUGAGAUCGACAUGGAGGCUCAUCUGGAGUGUGCUUACGACCACCUGGAGCUCUACGACGGGCGAGACGUCCGUGCACAGAGCCUGGGGCGCUUCUGUGGCACCAAGAAGCCUUCUCCAGUCGUUUCUAGCGGCAACAAAAUGUUCCUGCGUUUCUUCUCGGACAACUCAGUGCAGAAAAGAGGCUUCGAGGUUUCACACAGAGCAGAAUGUGGAGGAAGCCUUAAAGCCGAGGUCAAGACAAAAGAUCUGUACUCUCAUGCACAGUUCGGAGAUAACAACUACCCUGGUGGCUCUGACUGUCUGUGGGUGGUCACUGCUGAGAAAGGUUACGGAGUGGAGAUCGUCUUCCAAGUGUUUGAGAUUGAGGAGGAGGCAGACUGCGGGUACGAUUACGUGGAGCUGUACGAUGGCGCUGACAUCAAGUCUCCGAGGCUGGGGCGAUAUUGUGGAUCUGGGGCUCCAGAGGAGGUCUUCUCGGCCGGAGACGCCAUCGUUUUAAAGUUUCACUCAGAUGACAGCAUCAAUAAAAAAGGCUUUCAUGUGCACUACACAAGCACAAAGUUCCAGGACACGUUACAUGCAAGCAAGUGACUCUUACCCCAAACCUAAAUGGAGACUUCCCCCCCUAACAUUUGGUUGUACACACCCUUCUCCAGACGAGGAGUGAAUGCAUGGAUUGAUACCACAAACACCAACACUCAUACUUUACGUUCACAUCUGCUAAAAAGAGUGAAGCCAUGCAGAAAUGUGACAUCUUUGCUCUUCCUCAUUAUAGAGCUAUAUAGGACGAAAGGCAAGGAUUAGUUUGAAGUGAUUAUUAUUUUGAGUAAAUUCAGUCACACCACUUGUAAUGAGCUGAUUACAUCAUAACACUGUGCUAAGAUAUAAAAUGUAUAUAUUGUGAUAUAGUUUGCCUUGUUUUUUUAAUC